AUGCCUUCUCAACACAUUCAAGAAUUAGCAAGAAUUCGUUCGGAUAUGAAUGAUUUAAGAGCUCAAGUCGCUUCCUCACAACGAAGUACUAACAAUACUGUGGGCACGACUCCAAACAGUCCAAGACAAGCAGCUCUCAAUCGAAUGAACAAUGAUUUGAGAGCCUUGCGGGGAUGCGUAGCUGCCACUGUAGCAAGAAGUCAACACGAAUCCAUGCAAUUGGCUAGCGUUGAUGUUGCAUCUGCUCAAAUGAUCAAUCAAUUGAGAACUAUGUAA